CGCAGCGCCACGCGGGGUCCCCACGACCCCCACCUCCCACCUCCUUGUGAGGUCGGGCGACAGCUGCCUGCAGCCCACUGACGCAAGCCCUGGUCGGGUCAUUCUCAUUUCUCACAUCUUUUUGAUUUCGUCGCGAGAUCAAGGACCGCCCAUCAUCUCUUCGUCAACCACAUCUACUCCUCUUCGCACUCAUCCACACCACGAUGCCCGCCGAGAACCUCACCCUCCAGAUCCUGCGCAAGGCCUCGCAAGGCAAGUACGGCAUCAUCGCCCAAUCCUGCUACGAUGCCCAGAGUGUACUCGCUCUGAUCAAGGCCGCAGAAGAGGCAAAAUCGCCUGCCAUUGCGCAGUUGUUUCCCGUCACGAUGAAGCAAUUCGGUAUCCACUUCGUCCGCUUCACAAUCGAAGCCUGCCAUGCUGCCCGCGUGCCCAUCUCAGUUCACGUCGACCACGCUGCAACAGACGAGGACAUCAGUCGCGUACUCGACUUUGCCGACGCAGGUGCGGCAGUAGACUCCAUCAUGGUUGACUGCUCCCAUCACGAUACGGAUGAGGAUAACAUCCGCGCGGCGAAGCCGCAUUGCCAGCGAGCCAAGAAGCUUGGAAUGGCCGUCGAAGUUGAGCUCGGCCGCUUGUCUGGUGGAGAGGACGGCGUGGCCACCAUUGAGGAGGGUGCUCUGACCGACCCGAAGAAGGCGGAACGCUUCCUCACCGAGUUGGACGUCGAGCUCCUCGCGCCCAGCAUCGGCAACAUUCACGGGCGCUAUGUCAACCCUCCUGACUUCCGUCUCGAGUUGCUCGAUGAGCUCCAGUCAAAGGUCGGACGAGGCACAAAGAGCGACUCGAUGAUCGUGCUUCACGGCACGGAUGACCUCAGCGACGAGCUCUUCCGGGACUGCAUCAAGCGAGGUGUAGUCAAGGUGAAUGUCAACAGCUGGUGUCGUGACCCGCAGGUUGAGUCGUGGGCUAAGACGAUGGGCAAGAAGGGUCUGCCGGAUGUGUACGAUGAGGGGAUGGAGGCUUUUGGCAAGGCGUGCACGCGAUUCUUCCAUUUGCUUGGAAGCGCCGGCAAGGCCUGAGGCGGAGGGCGAGGAGCGUCGCUCAGCGGCGGUGAGGUCGUCUGUCAUCAAUCUCAUUCCGAACGUACACAUCACUCCGGUGCUUCGUGAUGUCCACAGAGCCGAC